AGCAUCUCUUCCUCCUGAGAACAGGAAGACAGAAAGUGAGCAGGAGAUACAGAGUAAGAAGCACCUUCGGGAGUGAUUACAGCUGUACGUCUUUCUGGCCCAGGGAUGCCACAGACUGAGAGUGAGAGGUUGAAGAGUGGGCGACUGAACAGUGGUAGACAGCAGCAGCAGCGAGAUCGGCGGGGUGAACACGGAGAAGAGCCAGACACACGUACCAAGCCAAAUGAUUCUGUCUCACCUCGGCUCUAUGCUCGUACCUCUGUUACUCAGAUGGGUUUCCCAUUGAUGAUUGGACCUGGAGGUCCACUGGCCUCAUCUCAGCUCCAGAACAUACUGUUACAGCAGUGUUCCAGUGAGGAGGAGAGGAGACCUUUCCUGCAGCGGGUGUCUCGGUGCCCCCAGUUGAGCCAGCACAGACCCUCUGUCCUACGCCAGGCUGUGCUGGCUGCCCACGUACGACCACAGGCGGCCGGUUCAGCUCAACCCAUAUCACCGUGCAAGGUGGAGGUGGACACAGGGAGCCGUGGACAGUCCUCACCCCCACACUCUGAGCACUCUCCUGGGCCCACUCGUCACCCCUCUCCCCUGAGGAGAGCAAAUCCUAAGCAGAGCUCCAUCAUCACCAGGCAUCAUGAGCCAGGUCACCCAACCCUACGGAGCUCCAGUGCUCUGUUUCUCAACGGACUCUGCUGCUGGCCAGGCUGCGAUGCGGUAUUUGAAGAAUUUCCACGUUUUUUGAAACACCUCCACUCUGACCAUGGCCAUGGAGACAGAAGCAUUGCACAGUGGAGGGUACAACAAGACAUGGUGCAAUACAUGGAGACCCAGCUGACUGUGGAAAAACAGAAACUCUUUGCAAUGCAACUCCAUCUGCACCUGUCUGAACACAAAUCAACUAACAUGAAGGCAGGUUCAGAUCGGCCCUACAGCCACAGCCUGGCACUAGUCCUGCCCCAGAACCCAUCCCCGGCCCUGGCAGCAGAUGGAGUGCCACGCUGCUCCACUAAAGAGCCAGAGGAGCUGGCACAGCAUGAGCAUUGGCCCGCUGCCGCUCCCCACCAUCUACUCCCAGAUCUUGUCCCGAGUGUUGAGUGUUACAAAUACAACAACAUCCGGCCUCCGUACACCUACGCCUGCCUGAUAAGAUGGUCUAUCCUGGAGUCUCCAGACAAGCAGCGCUCUCUGAAUGACAUCUACAACUGGUUCACCACAAUGUUCUUCUACUUCCGACACAACACGGCCACAUGGAAGAACGCUGUCCGUCAUAAUCUUAGCCUCCACAAGUGUUUUGUUCGAGUGGAGGGAGGCAAGGGAGCUGUCUGGACAGUGGAUGAAAUGGAAUAUCAAAGGAGAAAGGGACAAAAAUAUCACAGGGAUCAUCAUGUGAAAUGGUUGGCACCCUUCUCCUUAUUCCGUCCAGAGGAACCUUGAACAUAGCCAUCCCUUCAGUGAAUUAAAAACUACAGGAAAAGGAGGUCACCAGGACCUAUAACUGAAUCAGGUAUAUUAUAACAGGGCUGGACCAAAAGCCUCCAUAUUAGUUCUCCAGGCGGAGACCAGUCCUGGUCUACAGUAUCUACAGCACCCAGCACCACCUUCUUUGUUCAGCAGCAGAUGGUGCUAUAAUACAUAGCAUAGCCCCGGACUCUUUUGCCUCUCUAGACUGAUUAUGAAGAAGUGUGCAUGGCUGGAAUGGCAAUAUAUUCUGCAGCCUUUGAAAUAAAAAUAUACACUUAAAAAUUAUUUGUCAAUAAAAAAACAGUGAAAAGGUGAACAAUCAUUUUGUUUUGUAGUGUUGGCUACAUUUAUGUUACAGCAAGCAAGUACAAAUUGGACAUUCUGUCAAAAAUUCAUAAAAUAAUGAAUAAAAUUAAUAUUUGAAUGUA